AUGGCAAAGAUCGAGCAGUUCAGCAAUCAAGAUUUGUCUAACACAUCCUGGGCCUUUGCCAAGUUAGCGAUCUCCAAUGCCAUGAUGAUGACGGUCAUUGCCAAGAAGCUUGUAUCGAUGGUGAAGGAUUUGAUCCCCCAGGAUCUGGCCAACACGGCCUGGUCCCCGCCGUCUUUCGAGGCCUGGGCCUAUGCAACCCUGGGCUUACCGGACAGCCAUUUGAUGGAUCAGAUUCUGGCCGAGGCUCAGCUCUGCUGCACUGUUUCAAUCUCGCCGUGGGCCUGUUCUGUUCUGCUAGCUGCUUCCAGCUUCUACCGGCUGGCACAUGCCAUCGUGCGGAAGGCCACCACUUUCCGAGUGAGCAUGAGUCCUAUUGGAGACUUUGAUGGUCAGGGCUUGGCCAAUGUGGCGUGGUCCUUCGCGGUCUUGGGCUUCAAAUGGCGGGCGGUCGUGGUUUCGGGAUACUUCGCGGCGGUGUGGGCGGUGGACCUGGGAAAAGGUCCCAAGCUCUCGGAGGCCAUCCUCUCGGCUGCCCGGGUGAAGAUCGAGUCACUGUCUCCUCAGGAGACGGAGCUGGCGAAUCUCGCUUGGUCGUGGGACGUCACCGGAGAGACCGAGCGGUUGCGGGUCUUCUUGCAGUUGGCCAUCCCGCGUUUCAUCGCCAUCGAGGGCUUCUCGGAUGUCGCGGCCACCACUGACCUGGUCAACAUCGCCAAGCGUCACGAAUACCAGUGUCGCAGACCAUUGGAGACGGAAUUUCGCCGACGUCUCUUUCAGCCCUUGCUGAAAGCACUUCAGAAAUGCGCCAGCGCCGGGCUUCACAUCGUUGAUGCCGUGGAUGAGUUGGAGACCGAAGUGCAGCGGGUUGGACUUACGAACUUUGGCUAUGUGUACGCUCGGGAUGCCAUUGGCGAUCUAGGUUUUCGAAGCCGGCCCAGCGACGGAGCCACAGCUCCCGACUGGGUGCUGGAAGCUCGGGCGUUGGCUCGAAAAUACCUGGAAGAAUGGCGGAUGCCUGGUACAGAGAACAUUGUGGCCGUCGUGUCCUAUGAGCUCUGCUACCGUGGUGAGAUCCUGCGGCAGGAGCCCAAGGUGGUGACGAACGGCUGGGCGGAAGGAGUUCAUGAUGACGUGAAGGCCAUGUUACGGCCGGUCGAUGCGCGCGGCUGGUCGUGCGAAUCCUACAGCGAACGAGUCGCUCUGCUAGAGCUGCUAGAGGCAGCUCGAUGCCAAUUUGGUGAUGACUCGAUCUCCGAGAUGUCGGGGUGGCUUCGCAUGUACCAUUCGCAUCACACCAGCGUGACUGGCUUCAGCAUUUUCUGUCAGUUUCGGAGACAGGUUCCUCAGGUCGACUUCGAGCUGGACUACGAUGGUGGCUGGUACACCUGGGCUGGAAAGCCGCGACCGUUAAUGACGCUCUCCGGCGUGACAAAGCAGGAGGCAUUUUGCUGGAUCUUAUUUGGCUCCUCCAAUGCAACGACCGUGAUACGCUUUGCGCACGGAGAACCUUUAUUACAAUUGCUUCUGGCGCUUUUCACUUAUUGGAGUCUUUAUUCUGCCUCGGCAGACUACUCCACGCGCUUCAACACGGAUGGAUUGGACCACGGGCUCUUCUACAUGCUGCUUGCGAUUUGCAUCUUUGUUAUGGAUGUGAAUUGGACAGGCAAUAUACUGGCGUCUGGCAAUGCAGCCGCCCGUUCGCUGCACCUGUCCUUCUUGGCAGGAUGCUACUUGCUGCUUGGCUUGAUGCACCUCAGGGUGGCACUUGGUCUCCGAAGAUGUCGCAAGUUUGCCGUCUAUCACAUGCUUCUCAAUGUGGUCAGUGUGAUCUUCUAUCUGGUGGCUGCGCGCAGCUCUGAAACUUCUUGCAAGGUGCUGUGCUGGUUUGCCUGUGCGCCGCUCUUCUUGCUCAGGACCUGUGGGAUUCCUUUUAUCCAACACAUCGACCAGAUCACGAAGCAGAGAAAUGCUCAAGAUUACAUCAAUCGAGCGCAGUCGGUGAUGAUCACCACUCUGGCUUUGGUGGUGAAGUGCGUGGUGAAAGGAGUGAAGCCAGGCGAAAUUGGGAUCGGCAACUGGGACCUGCUACUUUUGUCACUGGUGUUGGUAUUGCUGACAAAGCUUUUGAUGUUUGAUGCUCGAUUUGCCGAUACCAAGUGGCAUGCUGUACGAUGCUUGAAAAGUAGCUGGCGUCCAACCGUCUUUCUAAGCCUUGUUCCUGUGGCUAUGGCCGGGGUGAUGAUGAUGGCUGCGGGAUGCUUUCUCAUACUCGACCUCGAGUUUCAGGACUAUGACCGGGGAGAAGCCCAGAAAUUCGACCGUGAUGCGGGCCAUCAUCUCAACUGGGGUUUUGGCUUGAUGCUUCUGUCAGUGACCGUAAUGCGGCUCCUGCACAACCGCCCGGAGCUUCCUGGGCGCAUUGCGCGGAUGUGGCAGGUGCAGGUGAUCUUUCAGCUGACCUUGGCGUUUAUCUCAUUUUCCUUCCAUGUCACCACAGGCCGUGAGGGUCUCUACCGCGCAGCCACUUGGUGA